CUACAUUAUGUUCUGAAAAACAGGAAUGCUGCUUUUAUAAUCUUUUGGGCAAGCAAAUAUGAUGGUAAUUGUUUGCUCUGCAGGAUCAAAUCAGGGUGGGAAUAAUUUAACUCUGAAAGGAUGGCCUCUCACUGGUCUUGAUCAACUUCGAUCUGGUAUCUUUCAGCAGAAGUCAUUUAUGCAAUCUCCCCAAACAUAUCAUCAGCUUCAGUUUCUAAGUCCACAGCAACAGCAGCUCUUGCUUCAAGCACAGCCAAAUCUUACAUCAACAUCGGCUGCUGACAUUGAUAGCAAAAGACUAAGGAUGUUAAUUAGUAACAGGAAUAUUGGGCUUGGGAAGGAUAGUCUGGAGAACUCUAUUACUGAUGCAAUGCCAAAUGUGGGAUCACAAAUACUAACUGGAGGUCCUGUUUUGCCACGUGCAGACACGGAGAUGUUGAUUAAGAAGAUAGCUCAGCUACAACAGCAACAGCAGCAGCAGCAGCAGCAAGGAGGUGGCCAACAGAACCAGCAAUUGCAGCAGCUUGCAAUGUCAAAUCAGCAAUCACUUGUUUCAAAUUCACAUCUUAACCAACCAGAGAAAAUGAUCACUGGGACAACAGAUGGAAGCAUGUCAAAUUCCUUCCGAGGAAAUGAUCCGGCUUCAAAGAACCAAUCAAUUCGUAAGAGGAAACAACCGGUUUCAUCUUCUGGUCCAGCCAAUAGUUCAGGAACUGCAAACACAGCUGGUCCCUCUCCAAGCUCAGCACCCUCAACGCCCUCCACUCACACCCCUGGAGAUGCGAUGCCUAUGAACUCAAAUAAGCCCCUCAUGAUGUUUAGCUCUGAUGCCACGGGAACUCUAACAUCUCCAUCAAAUCAGUUGUGGGAUAACAAAGUACAUGCUGACAUGGAUCGGUUGGUGGAAGAUGGGUCACUAGAUGAUAAUGUUGAAUCAUUUCUUUCACAUGAUGACACAGAUCCUAGAGAUGCUGUAGGCCGUUGCAUGGAUGUGACAGAAGGUUUUACUUUUAAUGAAAUUGGAUCUAUUCGAGCAAGUUCAAGCAAGGUUGUUUGUUGCCACUUCUCUUCAGAUGGAAAGCUUCUUGCUACCGGGGGUCAUGACAAAAAGGCGGUUUUGUGGUUUACUGAUAAUCUGAAGCAGAAAUCAACAUUGGAAGAGCACUCUUUUCUAAUUACCGACGUUAGGUUUAGUCCAACCUUGCCACGAUUGGCAACUUCUUCUUUUGACAAAACUGUCAGAGUUUGGGAUGUUGAUAAUCCAGGGUAUUCUCUUCGUACUUUUACCGGGCAUUCUGCAUCUGUAAUGUCUUUGGACUUUCAUCCUAACAAAGAGGAUCUCAUAUGCUCAUGUGAUGGAGAAGGGGAAAUACGAUAUUGGAGUAUUAAUAAUGGUAGCUAUGCGAGGGUCUUCAAGGGCGGUACUGCACAAAUGAGGUUUCAACCACGUCUAGGUCGAUAUCUUGCAGCUGCGGCAGAGAACAUUGUGUCUAUUCUGGAUGUUGAAACACAGAGCUGCCUUCAUUCAUUGCAGGGGCACUCUAAGCACGUUGACUCAAUCUGCUGGAAUCCCUCAGGAGAAUUAUUAGCUUCUGUUAGCGAGGACUCAGUUCGUGUGUGGUCACUUGGAUCUGGAAGGGAGGGUGAGUGCAUCCAUGAAUUGAGCUGUAGCGGGAAUAAGUUCCAUUCAUGUGUGUUCCACCCUACCUGUCCAUCUUUGCUUGUCAUUGGCUGUUAUCAGUCUCUGGAACUAUGGGAUAUGGCUGAGAAGAAGAGAUUGACACUUGCAGCACAUGAAGGACUGAUAUCAUCUCUUGCUGUAUCAAAUGCCAAUGGACUCGUGGCUUCAGCCAGCCAUGAUAAGUUUGUGAAGCUCUGGAAAUAGCUCUCUACAGUUCAGAAAUUUUGCUCUUUUUGUAGGUUUGAAUUCCCUCAUAGCAUUCUUUUGACCAGAAUCAGAUUCUCUUUUGCUGUCCAAUGUGUUACUAAUGGUAAAACAGCCGUUGCUCUUUGAUGUUUUGAGUGUCUUAACGGCUGUUGAUGUUGUUCAUGCUCUCUGCAUCAAAGCAAAAUUUUGUAUAUAUUUAUACACUUUCGCUUAUGUUUGAUCUUAGCGGUUUCCAGCCUUUUAUUGCA